AUGUAUUUGCGUGUUGUUCCCACGAGAAUAUACGCCAUACCAUUUAUUGGGUCAGUCAGCUUUUUGCUCCCAACUUUAGUGCCAGUCUACUAUUGGGGUGAGAGCUUGAAUGUCGCCUGGCACAUACGCCUCUUCACAUACAUCUUGAAACUGAAUACUACCUUCUUAGUAAAUAGCGCAGCUCAUCUUUGGGGUUACAAACCAUAUGAGAAAAACUUCUUCGCGAAGAUAGGAUGGGCGUAUGAUUUGAAGACUGUGCCUGAAGGGAUGAUAGAAGCACGAGCGAAAAUAACUGGUGACGGUAGUGAUUUAUGGGGGAAAAUUAAGGCAGUUUAG